AUGAAGCUGGUUAGGCUAUUAAGAAAAUGUAGGAAUGAAAGAGUCGAAAUUGAGACUAAGGAUAAAAGACGAAUCGCAGGAACAAUGUGUUCGGUUGACAAGCAAAUGAACGUAGAACUCAAUGAUGCAGUUUCUGAAGGCAAACACAUUGGAAGCUACAAUAUACGAGGAAGCUCAAUAAGAUAUAUUAUAUUUAGGGAAAGCAUGGACUUCAAGCCAUUACUUAUAGAUGACAGACCCAGAGCAAAGGCCUGCUCUGAUGAAAAAAGCACAGAGGAGCCGAAGAGAAGGAAAACACAGGUGUAG